AACUCUCACUUCAUCAAAUCAGCUUUGUUUAUUUUUAUCGUUUGAAUUUCACAAAUAUUUUAAUUUUCUGAAUUUCCUCGAAAAAAAAAUGUCGAUUUUAAUCAGAUUCUCCCCAAAACGUUUAACUUUACCAUUAAAUUCUAUAAUAAAUUCAUCGAGACACCUAUCACAUGAUCAGAGUAGCCUCACGACUAAAAAUCAACUUCCUCAACAUUACGAUAUAAUCAUAGCCGGUGGUGGACUUGUUGGGACUGCUCUUGCUUGUGGAAUAGCUAAAAAUAAAGUUCUUUCGGAAAAGAAAGUCCUUUUGCUUGAAGGAGCGCCACCAUUCAAAGGUUUCGCCGGUGGCCAAUACGGCAACCGAGUAUCGGCAAUUAAUAAUGGCUCCGUUGAGUUGUUCAAAUCAAUUGGCGCCUGGGAUAAGAUAUCUUCGACACGUUACAAACCUGUUAAACAAAUGCAAGUUUGGGACGGAAGCUCCGAUGCUUUGAUUACUUUCAAUCAUGAUAAUUUCUCAGAAAAUGUCGCUUGUAUUAUUGAAAAUGAUUUAAUGUUGGAUGCAAUUUACACCCAACUAGAAACAGCACAGAAUGUAACGAUUCUGAACAAAUCAAUGGUCGGGGAUGUUAAAUUGCGAAUGGAUGGUAAUCCGAAGAAUGUCGUUAGUCUCAAGAACGGUGAUUCGAUGAGUUGUGAUUUGUUGAUUGGUGCUGACGGUGCAAAUUCAAUUGUUAGAAAACAAAUGGGUGUUGAUGUUUUUUCUUUAAAUUACGAACGAAUGGGAUUGGUAGCGACUCUUGAAUUAGUCGAUCCUGGAGAUAAUUCAGUUGCAUGGCAGAGAUUUAUUCCAACCGGCCCUAUUGCAUUCCUACCGCUGAACGAUACGAUGAGUUCACUGGUUUGGAGUACUACUCCAAGUGAGGCUAAGAGGCUUGCAUCUAUGGAACCAAAUGAGUUUGUUGAUGCAGUAAAUGAAGCUUUUUGGAAAGACUAUCCAAAAAGCAACGUUGUCACAAACGCACUGGAGGCUUUGAACUCUAUUAUGGGAAGAGACACCUUAUCUAAUCGACAAUAUCCACCAAAAGUCAAGAGUGUUGUUGAUAAGUCUCGUGCAUGUUUUCCACUUGGUUUUCUUCAUGCCUCAUCUUAUGUCUCCACUGGAGUUGCUCUCAUUGGAGAUGCAGCACACAGAAUUCAUCCUCUCGCCGGUCAAGGAGUUAACUUAGGUUUCAGUGAUGUGACAAAUUUAGUCAAAGUCCUUUCCGAUGCUGUGUAUGCUGGAGCUGAAAUUGGUGACAAACAUCAUUUGGUCCAAUACGAACAAAAUAGUUUAAUCAAGAAUGUACCGCUUAUGAUUGGUGUGCAUGGUCUACAAAGGCUCUAUUCAACCACUUUCAGCCCUGUGGUUUUACUGCGCAGUUUGGGAUUACAAUUAACACAGAAUAUCCCUGGAAUCAAGGAUAUCUUCUUAAAACGGGCAAUAGCUUAGAAUCUUAUGAUUAGUAUUACUUGAUUAAUGGUUAAUAAUUUUGUUUUGUAUAAAUAAACGGUACAUUUAUACAAUUAAUUGAAUAAAA